AUGACAACACCAGACUUAUCCGAUCCAGAACUCAUGAACCACGUCAAGGCCGUGCAGAACGGCACUGAGGAGUGGUGCGUCUUUGGUUAUGUGCCAAAGUCAAACAUCAAGAUCAAGUUCUACGAGUCUGGCACCAGUGGCGGCCUCACCGCUCUGCGCGAGGAGCUGAGCGAUUCUAGCAUUCGUUACGCUUACAUCCGUUUCCAGAUCAACAACUUGACCAAGUUCUGCUACAUUGCCUGGUGCGGUGAUGGUGUGAACGGCCCAAUCAAGGGAUCAUUCUCUGGCCACGCCAUCGAGAUCUCCAAGAUCCUCAAGCCACUGCACCACCAGUUGAACGCCCGUAACGAGGACGAUUUGGACGAGAAGCGCAUCAUUGGCGCCCUCACCAAGGCCACAGGCGCCUCCUACGACUCUGGCGCCAAGAUCCAGGGAACUACCAAGACUGCUGUGCCCACAUCUGUCGCUCAGGGCCGUGUGCAGGCCACACAGUCCAGCAUCCAGCCAAAGGCAUUCGACAAGUCUGACUACACCAAGAAGGACGAGAGCGCACUCUACUGGCAGCAGACCAACACCACCGCCACCACUGACAAGGCCAAGCCCGACCGUUCAGAGUACAACGUCACUUCGACAGAUCGCGAGAAGUACUGGAACCAGGCCAACCAGCAACCCGAGCAGCCCGCCGCACCCAAGCCCGCCGCACCAGCACCAGGCCGCAAUGUGGCCAGCCGCUUCCAAGAGGCCGCCGCACAGUCAUCUACCCCAGUCAAGCCACCACCCCCCAAGCCAACCGGCAACGUCACCAGCCGCUUCCAGCAGAUGAAGGUUCACGAGCCAGAGCCCGUCUAUGAGGAGCCACAACAGACAUAUGAGGAGCAGAGUUAUGAGGAGCCACAGCAACAUUAUGAGGAGCAGCAGGCAUAUGAGGAGCCAGAGCAGCAUUAUGAGGAGCAGCAGCAUUACGAGGAGCCACAACAGCAUUAUGAGGAGCAACAGCAUUACGAAGAGCCACAGCAGCACUAUGAGGAGCAACAGCAUUACGAAGAGCCACAGCAACAUUAUGAGGAGCCACAGCAGCACUACGAAGAGCAGGCUGCUGACCAAGGAUAUGUCAGGGUCAAGGCACUCUAUGCCUACCAGGGAGAGAACGAGGGAGAUCUUUCAUUCGCUGAGGGAGACAUUAUCAAUGUGAUGGAUCAAUCCGAUCCAGCUGGAUGGUGGCAAGGAGAGCUGAACGGAGUCACUGGUUACUUCCCAAUGAACUUUGUCCAAGAGCUCUAA